AACACGCCCCCUCGCCAGCAUCUCCUUCCCAACUCCCAAGAACUCGUCUCCUCUCCUCUCCUCUGCCGCCAGUCCACGCGCUCCCUUCCCCCUCUCGCUCCUCCCUCUCACGGUGCUCCUCCUCCCGGUCUCGCCCGGCAGCUCUCCUAGCAGCAUCUGCAGCCGCCCCCGCUCCUAGUCCGGUCGCGCCAGCCCUGACCGCCGGAGAUCCGGAGUUUUCUUGCUUCUUCGGUUUCUUCUCGCGUGGUGAGGAGGUUGGGUUCUGGAUUGGGGAUCGGCUGGCGCGGGGAUGAAUACGAGGCCGGUGGUGCUCGUCCUCCUCCUGCUCGUCCUCAUCAUCACGUCGCAGUUCGAGUGGAAGCAGCAGAUCGGGGACGCCGCCGACGCCGACCCGGCCGCCGCGCGCCGACGCCAGCAGCUGCUCGCCAGGGAGGACGCCGUCAAGGAAAAGGCUUACAGCCAGUGUAAUCACAGGAGUGAUGAUUCCCUACAUUUAAUUCACAACUGUAGUUUUUCCCUUCCAAAUAAGAUAAUUUUAUCUCAAGAGAAAAAUAUCCAACAACUUAAUCAGCUUAUCGAUAGCCUUCAGCGCCAGCUACUACAUUGCCGUGGCAGCAAUAACACUGUUCAUACAACCACUGUUCCCGCCACUGAAGUAGGUGAAGUUGAGGAACAUGAAACCAUUGACGACGAGAACAGAUGAUCCUCUUGGCAAACGGUUCUUCGAUUCUAGUACAGCAGCCAACAAACCAGAGGUUAACCUGCACCUCGCUCUUAUGGGAUGCCACCUAGUGGACGAUUGAAUCAUACGUCGAUUCACUGUAUUGUACACUUGCCACGACCAGCUAGCGGGUUGUCACCCGUGUAAGCCUGUAGAGAGUUGUAAUCUGUAAUGUGCUGUAGGUCACGGUCACUAAUUCAAUUGGAAAGGUACCUGACCAUUCUUUGUUCCGGUGAUGGAUGAUUCUGCCCUCAAAGGCCAAAUAUAUUGCAGUGUCAUUUUUUGUUAUCUGCCCAUGAAAGGUGAAAUAUUAUGUUGAUGUUCACUGUAUGUCA